AUGGACUCGGGAAAGAUGACAUGUACUUUGGCACUGGCAGUGUUUACAGCAACUCUAGGGUCCCUGCAGUAUGGAUACAGUCUUGGAGUCAUCAAUGCACCACAGAAGGUCAUUGAAAAGAAUUAUGGGCAUUCCCUGGGGGUGUGGUCAGAGAGAUCGGCUGUCCUGUCAGAAAAUGGCACUGAAGAAGAAGAGUUCUCAGAGGCAGGACAACACCCUGCUGUGGUCAUGUAUUGGUCAUUGUCAGUGGCAAUCUUCGCCAUUGGCGGCAUGUUAUCCUCCUUCCUGGUGGGAUUUGUGGGAGACCUAAGAGGAAGGGUCAAGGGUAUGUUAAUGGUCAAUGUUCUGGCUAUAGCUGCUGGACUGCUGAUGGGUCUCUGCAGGUUGUGGAAACCUCACAUCAUGGUCAUCUCAGGACGCGCUGUUAUGGGCAUUUACUGUGGGUUGACGUCUGGGCUAGUGCCUAUGUACAUUGGAGAAAUCGCACCCAAGGCUUACAGAGGGGCUUUGGGGACGUUACACCAGCUGGCUAUUGUCAGUGGCAUCCUAAUCAGCCAGGUAAUAGGCUUGGACUUUGUACUUGGUAAUGAUGAUAUGUGGCCUCUGCUGCUUGGUCUGUCUGGAGCUCCAGCAAUAUUGCAAACCUUUCUGUUGCCUCUAUGCCCAGAGAGCCCGAGGUACCUUUACAUUCUACUGGGCAAGGAAGAAGAGGCUCGAACAAGUCUAUCUCGUCUAAAUGGGCCAUAUGAUGCAACUUCUGAUCUGGAAGAGAUGAAGAGAGAAAAAGAAGAUAAGGAACCCAGGAUGUCUAUCCUUACUCUGAUCCUCUCCUCUAAGUACAGGAGGCAGCUGUUGGUUGCCCUCAUGAUGCACCUCUCCCAGCAGUUGUCUGGCAUCAAUGCAAUCUUUUAUUACUCCACGGAUAUCUUCACUCGAGCUGGUGUCAGUCAGCCAGCCUAUGCCACUAUAGGAGUUGGGGUCAUUAACACAGUCUUCACUCUGGUGUCUGUUGCACUGGUGGACAAGACUGGUAGGCGUACUCUGAUUCUGGCUGGGCUAGGUGGAAUGUGCUGCUGUGCAAUAGCCAUGACAGUGGGCCUUAAAUUGCAGAAUGACUACUCAUGGAUGAGUUACGUGAGCAUGUCAGCUAUCUUCCUCUUUGUGAGUUUCUUUGAAAUUGGCCCUGGUCCUAUUCCAUGGUUUAUUGUGGCGGAGCUGUUUAGCCAGGGACCUCGGCCUGCUGCGAUUGCUCUUGCUGGCUGCUGCAACUGGACUAGCAACUUCAUCAUAGGCAUGACCUUUCAGUACAUACAGGCUUUGCUAGAUUGUUAUGUGUUCAUCCUGUUUGCUGCGCUGCUUUUCUGCUUCACCAUGUUUACUUAUUUUCUGGUCCCUGAGACCAAGGGAAAAACCUUUGAUGAGAUUGCUGCUCUCUUCCAAAAAGGACGGAAACAAAGACUCAAAGACAAUACUGAACUGGAGCAGCUCAAAACAUCCACAGAUGCAUGA